AUGAGUGGUGAAAAUAAAGAAAAUAGUAUUGUGAUUAAAGUUAUUGCUCCUAACGACAAUGACGACACAAAUAAAAAUAAAGACAAAGACGACGCGCUAACACCGAUCAAAAACAACGAUGGCGCACUAACGCUGACUGACAUCAAAAAAAUAGACAAAACCAAGACUACUAAUAAUGAAGACAAAUUCAAGAUUUAUAUCGAUGAAGUUUCUGAUAAUCAAUGUGUAAUUAUAAAAAGUGCCGGUAGUGAAUAUUGCAUAUUGUUCGAUCUAGAAAAUGGAAAAACCAUCGGCGAGUCGAAUUUUAAAUUAAUGAAAUUAAUAAUGUUGAGAAGAAGCGAUAGAGAUGAAAAAAAGUAUAAAGUAUAUUCCAUGGAAUAUAGCAGCAAUGCCGGUGACCAUUUAGAACUUCUCGAUACACAUAAUAUUUAUAGUGACGAAACCCCAAGAAUUUAUUAUGAUGGCAAUUAUUUUCUUGUUGCUACUAAUCAUUCAUUGAUAUCGAAAUGGGAUUAUAUGAAGGCUUUGAUGGUGGCUGAUUAUCUUGAAUUUAAGGAAAAAGUUCAUAUUAAAAAAGUAGAUUUCAUUUAUGUAAAAAAUGACACAAUUGUAUUUGAGAAGGAAAAGGAUGAUAAAAUGAAUAAAGAAUCAAACAAAGGAUUAAUCGAUGAUAUUUUGACGAAAUUAACAAUAGAAAAUCCAGAAAAAGCUUUAUCAAGAUUAGAAGAUGAAAUUGAUAAGAUUGCAGGAAAAUAUUGGAAAUCAACAACAAAAAAAGUAAGAGAAGAUGAUUUAGCAAAAUUCAAUGAUAAAAUUAAAAAAGUCAAAGAGGUUUCUUCAAAAGAAUAUUGGACAAAAGAAAGAGAAAACAAAGAAAGUUUAGCAAAAUUAGAAGAUGAAGUCAAUAAAAUUCAUAAAAUUUCUUUGGAAAAAUAUUGGGCAUCAAAGGAAAAAGAGAGAGAAUAUUUAGCAAAAUUAGAAAAUAAAAUCAAAGAAAUCAAAGGUAAUAUUUCAAUAUCAACAACAGAAAAAGUAAAAGAAGAUUUAGCAAAAUUACAAGGUAAAAUCAAUAAAAUCAAUGAAAUUUCUUCGGAAAAAUAUUGGACAUUAAAGAAAAAAGAAAAAGAAUAUUUAGCAAAAUUAGAAGAUGAAAUCAAAAAAAUCAAAAUAACAGAAAAAGAAAAAGAAAAAAAAGAUUCAGCAGAAUUAGAAGAUGAAAUCAAAGUAAUUAAUGAUUCGAAUCAAAAAGUAAAAGAAUAUUUAGCUGAAUUAGAAAUUGAAAUCGAAAAAAUCAAAACAACAGAAGAAAAAGAUGAUUUAGCAACAAAAGAAAAAAACAUCAAAAAUAUCAAAGCUUCGAAUCAAAAAGAAAAAGAAUAUUUAGCAAAAUUAAAAGAUGAAAUUGAUGAAAUUGGUGGGGUUAAUGGUUUGGAUCAAUGUCUCACAUUAGGAGAAAAAAAAGAUUUAACAGAAUUAAGAGAUGAAAUCAAUGGAAUCAAUGAUGAUAUUUUGAAUCAGUCAACAAUGAAAAAAGAAAAAGAUGAUUUACCAAAAUUAGAAAAUGAAAUUGAUAUUUUGGAAAGAUAUUGGACAUCAGAUAAAUCAGAGAAAAAAGAAUAUUUAACGAAAUUAGAAAAUAAAAUCAAUAGAAUUAAAGAAAUUAAGAAGUUUAAAUUGAAAAAUCAUGAAAUUUAUUAUAUGAGUCAACAAUUGCAUAAAAUAUAUAAAAACAUACUUGUUGAUAUCAAUGAAUUGGAAUCUCCUGAUGACAAAACAAUUGAUAAACUAAUUAAAAAAAAGGUUAUAGAAUUCAUCAACAAUAAAAAAAAUAAGGGAUUAUAUGAAAACCCUAUCAUUAAAAUUGGAAAAAAUUAUAAAUGGACCAUCAUUCAUAACAAAGAAUGUCAACAUAUAAAUAUAAGAGCUCUAAACAAAAACAACAACAGUGGUAGUGAAUAUGAUUUAUCAUAUGAAGAAGAAUUCAUUCAAUGCAAGUUAUUUGAUGAUAGGUUGACCUUAAUAACAACAAAUUAUAUACAAAUUUUUGCUGUUGAUGAAAAAAAAAAUUUAAUAUAUGUUAGAUAUAUUAGAAGUCAUGACUUGAAUGCAGAAAGUUUAGAAGAAAACAUUAAGUCUAUUGAAAAAGAUCAUGAAG